AUGCUGCACACUUCUCCGCUCGAACCUGGGCAUUCGACACGUAGCCUGGUGUCUUCUACAUUUCCGACCAGAUACACUCAGCCCAACCCGCCGACAGAAAGAAGCUCUGAUAUCAGUCAACUCUCAGUUUGCGCACUCAUAGGCCCAGCCCCACAAUUGGGAGAUUGGCGACUUCUACGAGAGCUGAACCCCUCUCAUGUGAUGUCUGAAGAUCCAUUUUCACUUCGACUUGUCCAAUACUACGAUCAUGUUGUCGCUCCGCAAAUGGUCUGGAUAGACUCCUCUGAAAAUCCAUUCCGACAUGUAGUCAUCCCUCUAGCGAUCCAGACGCCCGUACUUAUGACAUCGAUACUUACGCUCGCCAGUGGAGACCUUCGAGUUAGGUCACAUGGGAUAUAUGCUUCUGAGUUCGCGGUUUCCAGCCGACUGGAAUCUUAUCAGGAGGAAACUCUGGUCCGACUAGCCCGCCAUUUGAAAGAUGCGACCGAAGCGCCAGCGACAACUCAGACGGUCGCAGACAUUUCUCCAACGGCUGGCAACGUUCUAGCGACAUUUCUCAUGAUCUACUUGAGCGUAAAGCUUGGAGAUGUCUCCAAUUACAGACUUCACACUCGUGCGGCUUGGUCACUGAUCGAGAAUUGGAGAUUGUCGCUCCCUCUGCGUGUGCAACCUUCGAUGCAAGGUCUUAGGGAUUUUCUUCUCCACGAAGCGUACCUUUUCAAAGUUUGCGUGGCCCUUAGCACUUUUCAGCCUUUCGAUGAUCCCUAUGAGGCCGCUUCCAUGAUUAAUGAAGAUCAACCGUUCAUGCGGUACCUGAAGAUCAUUUUGGAUCUUGUGGAGAUUGAGCAGAGUAAGCGAUCACGCUCGCACUCGCGCUCGCAUCAAAGAAAUUUCUGGCUCGACCUUUCUGUCGUGGCGCUUCGGAAGGAGUUUGAUGCAGCCAGAGAACGUUCAUUGAAGCACAAGUUUCGUGUUCCUGUUCCCCCACGAAUUUUCGAACACCUUGUUGACCUUUUCCAUUAUUCUGGAAUCUAUUUUGGUUCUCAGGUAUUGAGCCAUGACCAGCAAUCCGCGAGUUUUGCCACAAGCGCACAUCGUUCGUUAUUGAGCCUGCUUCGCCAGGUUCCCGAUAUAAAGCUCGUCGCUCAAAACCUGGGAUGGCCUGUAUUUUUUGCAGGCACAGGAUGUCACGGGUCUCCUGAUGACAUCUCAUUUGUCCGAAUUCAAUUGCAAGAAGUUAUCCGACUGACCGGCUGGAGUGAACGGCGACGGCUAUUACGUUUUCUCGAAGAGUUCUGGACAUUAAGCGAUGGCGGCACUCCUCCGAGCUGGAUCGAUCUUGCUCAAAGCUAUGCCUUUCGGGGAGAACCAAUCCUGAUCUUUUGA